AUGUCGCCAACUAAACCGGCUAGAAAAUUUCCUCCGAUAGCGGCCUGUAAAGGAACGACGUACCAGUCAAUAGCAGCUGAUCUUGAUGGCACGCUCCUUGUGUCAAGCAGCUCGUUCCCAUACUUCAUGCUUGUUGCUAUUGAAGCUGGCAGCCUCUUGCGUGGUCUCGUCUUACUUCUUUCACUGCCUAUCGUCAUCGUGUCUUACCUCUUCAUAUCUGAAGCCUUGGGGAUACAAAUAUUAAUCUUCAUUUCUAUGUCUGGGCUCAAGAUCCGCGAUAUUGAACUUGUUUCACGCGCUGUUUUGCCUAGGUUUUAUGCGGCAGAUGUUAGAUCGGACAGUUAUGAGGUAUUCGAUAGGUGCAAGAGAAAGGUGGUGGUGACAGCAAAUCCAACUAUAAUGGUCGAACCAUUUGUGAAGGAUUUUCUUGGUGGAGAUAAGGUUUUGGGCACGGAAAUUGAAGUGAAUCCAAAGACCAAGAGGGCUACAGGAUAUGUGAAGAAGCCUGGUGUUUUGGUGGGCAAAUGGAAAAAAUUAGCUAUUUUAAAGGAGUUUGGAGAGGAAACAACGGAUCUUGGUAUUGGUGACCGUAAGACUGAUCAUGAUUUCAUGUCCAUUUGCAAGGAGGGUUACAUGGUACAUCGCAGCAAAUCAGCGACUCCACUACCGCGGAAUCGUCUUAAAAAUCGUAUUAUCUUCCAUGAUGGCCGUCUAGUUCAACGUCCGGAUCCACUGAAUGCCUUGAUCACAUACAUUUGGUUGCCAUUUGGAUUCAUCCUCUCCAUAAUUCGUGUCUACUUCAAUCUCCCACUCCCAGAACGCAUCGUACGGUACACAUACGAGAUGCUUGGCAUUCGCUUAGUCAUUCGUGGGACCCCACCUCCUGCCCCAUCUCCUGGGACCCCAGGAAAUCUCUAUGUUUGCAAUCACCGUACAGCCCUUGAUCCAAUUAUCAUUGCUAUAGCACUCGGACGCAAAGUCUCGUGUGUCACAUACAGCGUAAGCCGUCUCUCGAGGUUUCUUUCGCCAAUCCCAGCCAUUGCUUUGACUCGUGAUCGUGCGGCUGAUGCUGCAAGAAUAUCAGCCAUACUUCAAAAGGGUGACCUAGUGGUGUGUCCAGAGGGAACCACAUGUCGUGAGGAGUUCUUGCUGCGAUUCAGUGCAUUGUUUGCAGAGUUGAGUGAUAGGAUUGUGCCCGUGGCAGUCAAUUGUAAGCAAAACAUGUUUUAUGGCACUACCGUGCGUGGCGUCAAAUUUUGGGAUCCUUAUUUUUUCUUCAUGAACCCAAGGCCAACUUAUGAAGCGACAUUCCUUGAUCGCUUGCCGGAGGAAAUGACGGUUAAAGCUGGUGGCAAAUCUUCGAUUGAGGUGGCGAAUUAUGUGCAGAAAGUGUUGGGUGACGUGCUAGGGUUUGAGAGCACUGGAUUGACUAGAAAGGACAAGUAUCUGUUGCUUGGAGGGAAUGAUGGUAAGGUGGAGUCAAUGUACAGUACCAAAAAAUAA